CGGUCUCAUCCUCCAUUUCGUGCUUUUGCUCUCUUUCUGUUCUCUUCGUCGUCCUCGUCUCCCUCUCGUUACAAACCCUAGGAUCGAACUAGAGAGAGAGAGAGAGAGAGAGAGAGAGAUCGGCGAGGAUGAGCGGGAACGGGGCGAAGAAGGUGGCGGAGGUGGCGACGAAGGCGGGGAAGGCGAUCGACUGGGACGGCAUGGCGAAGCUCCUGGUCUCGGACGAGGCGCGCAAGGAGUUCGCCAAUCUCCGCCGCGCCUUCGACGAUGUGAAUCAACAGCUCCAGACCAAGUUCAGCCAGGAACCUCAACCUAUUGACUGGGAAUUUUACAGAAGAGGGAUUGGCUCGAAAUUGGUUGAUGUGUACAAAGAGGCUUAUGAGAGCAUUGAGAUCCCCAAAUACGUUGACACAGUGACUCCUGAAUACAAGCCCAAGUUUGAUGCUCUUGUGGUGGAGUUGAAAGAAGCAGAACAGAAGUCUCUCAAGGAGUCAGAGAGGUUGGAAAAGGAAAUUGCCGAAGUUCAAGAGAUGAAGAAAAAGAUAAGCACCAUGACAGCCGAAGAGUAUUUCGCGAAGCACCCUGAGCUCAAGAAGAAGUUUGAUGACGAAAUCCGCAAUGACUACUGGGGUUACUGACGAUAGAGCCCUUACUGAACCUCUCCAUUCAUUGUGAGGUAAACAAAGCUCCAUAUCCGGCGUUAUGGCGGAACGUUGAAAACAGCGCGGUACAUUGCAGUGCAAUUAAGUAGUCUGUGGCAUUCGCGUCUUUGUUUGUGCCCAGUUCAUGUUUUAUGUUCGACUUGGGCCUUGUUUGGUCCUGCCGGGCGAUUCGGGCUUGGUAUUCUCCUGUUAUGGCCCACAGAAGUUCCUACUAUCAUUUGUACUGUGUGGUGCAAUGAACUACAGUGGCAGGCCCAAGUGCCUGCUUCCUAGAACGCAGGCUCCAAACGGGCGGUUUGCAGCUUGAUGUGUUUCGCCCCGCUAAUGUCUGUGGUGUGUAUGGGAUGCUUUUACCAUUCAUCAGCAGUAGGAUGUAUAUAACUUGUACUUAUAUUUGAAUAAUUUGUGUGUA